UGGUUUCUUUGUCGAAUCUGUUCACCGGCAUAAGACUAUUUCUUUUUACAUCACAUCUAAUUAAGUCGCAUGUAAUUUAAUACAUUAUAACAAACGUUUGAUUAUUUUACAAGAUCUUUUACCCGUGAGAUUUACUUUUUAGAUAAAUGUAGAGCGGGUUUCCUGACUGACACGAUUCAAGUCUAUCGAAACGCGCCGCAAUUCUCGAAGUAUCGAAACAAUCGCGACAAUCGACGGCAAUAUUCGAUAAAGAAAGAGAGGGUUUUCACUCAUAAAGAUAAAACGUGGGUAUGUUUUAUCUCGGACUUCUCUCUGAUAAAAUCAUUGAAAUAAAAUUUGUAAUAUUUUACGAUUAAAAAUAACGAAUUAAUAACGACAGUCCAUUUAAUGUAGUACCAUUCGUUAUUCUUCUGCCUUUUUUAUCCUGAAUUAUAUUGUACGCAUUCAUUAAAGUGCUUUGAGGUUAAGUCUCUCGUCGUGAAUUGUUUGAAUUAGGAACGAGCUUCAAAGAAGAAAUAAUGUCGGCCGCAAAGCCUGAAGUAAAGAAUUGGAAGGAGUACAAUCGUAAACGGAAGGAAUUUCGAAAACAAUGCAAGGAGGAAAAAUUGGCAAAGAAGAUGAAGAAGGCAGAACUCGAAAAAGAAUUAAAAAAUGAGACGCAGGAAUAUACAGAAGAAAGUAAUACGAAGUACGAGCGGAGGGACAUCUGUACUAUCAGCAUAGCGGUACCUGGGUCAAUCCUUGACAAUGCGCAAUCCCCAGAACUACGUACCUAUUUGGCAGGACAGAUUGCACGUGCUGCAUGUAUCUACAAGGUGGAUGAGAUCGUGGUGUUUGAUGACAAGGGCGAGAUCACGGAGGAUGAGAAGAGGAAGGUCAAGAAGGACGAUAUGCUGGGUGAGGCUAGGCUCGGGUGUCUACAACUAGCCAGGAUACUACAAUAUCUCGAGUGUCCACAAUAUCUGAGAAAGUACUUCUUUCCAAUCCACAAGGACUUACAGUACGCGGGUGUGCUAAAUCCAUUGGAUGCACCACAUCAUCUAAGACAGGAGAAUGAAUUUUUAUAUAGAGAGGGUAUAGUUACUAAUAAGCCCAUAAAGGCUGGCAGAGGUUCUCAAGUGAAUGUAGGAUUGUUAAAUGAGGUUCAUGUAGAUAAGGUGCUGAUGACUGGGUUAAGAGUAACAGUAAAAAUACCACCUGAUCAGCCAAAUCGGAAGAAAAUGAAAGGUAUUAUUGUACCGCCUAACAUGCCACGUGCAGAGACUGGUAUCUAUUGGGGCUAUAAUGUCAAACUAGCCAAAAAUCUAACAGAGGUGUUGACAAAUUGUCAAUAUAAAGAAGGAUAUGAUUUGAUGAUUGGAACAUCUGAUAAAGGAACAUCGAUCGAUGAGAUAAAAGCAAAGAGUUUAGAAUAUCACCACUGUCUCAUAGUAUUUGGAGGUCUCGCUGGAUUAGAAGCUGCCAUAGAUGUGGAUCCACAUUUAAAUGAUGAUUCAUCUGUAAUCUUUGAUAAAUAUAUAAAUACGUGCCCACAGCAAGGCUCACGAACAAUUAGAACAGAAGAAGCUAUUCUCUUGACUUUAGCUGAAUUGAGAACUAAAUUAGUAGCUAAAGAAAUCUUAGAAAAAUAAUAGUUGCAUAAAUGGUUGAAAUAGUGAAAUAAAAUAAAUAC